GUAUUGCACGGAAAAUGUUUUCGCAGUGAACACGCAGCAACGUUGGAUGUUACUCGAAAAUCUUAGCAAACAAGAUUUAUCAGCUACUCUUCGGGAGGCGAAUUUUUUAGUUUCACGAAAAGGACACAGCAAAGGACUACUAACCGUUAAAUCCUCCAUGGCACUCCAUUUGAAAGAUGAGUGGGAGAAUUUUGUGGUGGAACAGCUUCGAGGACCAUACAUGAAAGAGUUUGGUAAUCUGAAGACGGACGGAGAGCGCUAUAAGUUUUGCAAGUAUAUUUUGCGGAGUAACACAGUAGCCCAGGAAAUCAUAAGUCAAAUACAAUUUUUUUUGAAUACCAGGAGCCAGCAGAAAGCCAAGUCUGCAGGGAAUGGCCAGGAAUAUGUGCGUGUAGGAGAAGAACAUCUUAGAAGAAGAGAUUUCAAGAAAGUUUUUUUUUGCUUAUCAUUGGCCAUCUUUUUUUUCCUUUUGUCCAGGUCUGAUAACCAAACAGCACCUUCUAACCAAGAUUUUUUUUUACAUGAUUUGGCAUUGUCAGACAAUUCUGAAGACAAAAACAGGUCUGAUGGGCAGCCCAGCCUUGCUGCUCUCUAUACUAAAAGAGCUGAGGUCCUGUACCAGGCACAGGAAUACAAGGCUUGUCUUAAUGAUAUUCAAGAGGUAGUAUCGCUGCAGUAUCCCCAAGCUCUUAGUGGGAAAAUUGUUAAUCUUCAGAAAUUUUGUGAAAGAAAGCUAUCAUCCUCUCAGCACUUGAAUCAUGGUGAUGAUACUUCACAGAACAUUCCCACUGUUACCGGAGGACAACACAGCAAAAUAGCCAAUGGAUCCAGUUUAAUUGAAAUCAGUUGCACUGCCAGCCAGGGAAGAUUUCUGCAGGCAUCUGGUGACAUCCGUGCUGGUGAUACCCUUAUCUCUGAAGUACCAUAUGCUGCAGUUCUUUUACCAGAAAAUGCCCUUACUCAUUGUGAAUGCUGCAUGAAAACAUUGAUAGCACCAUUUCCAUGCCAUGACUGCUGUGAAGUCCAGUAUUGUUCACAAUCAUGUCGUGAUAAGGCCUGGUCACAAUACCACAAAGUGGAAUGUGGGCUCAGUCCACUCCUUAAAAUGAUGGACACACUCUUUCAGUUAUCCCUCAGAAUAAUUUUGUUUUUUUGAACUGAGAGCAUUCUUGAUUUUUUAACAAGAUCAAGUGAAAAGUCUGAUGGCACAAAUGUCAACAGAGUGUCAGGGUGUGGCCCUGAGGGUGAAUACUUUGGCGAUUAUGGUUCGGUGUUUUCUUUGGUGAUUUUUUUAGAAUCGCAGCCGGUAAAGACCUUGAUGUCCCAUGCACUGAACUGUGCUCUACUAUCAGAGUUUCUUGAAGAAGUUCUAAUAAAGAAAGAGGAGUCACCCUCAAGACCAACAAUUUUUUUUGAUUGUACAAGGAACAGGCUUUGUCAGUCCGAUGAACCACCACAUUUUUUUUUUAAACAGAACUACAUUUUUCAGAAUCUUCAAAAUUUAUUUCCAACUUUUUUUAGCACAAGUUCCUUAGAAGGUGAUGUACUAGGCUGUUUACUUUUCCUUUUUUUACAGCAAAUGACUUGCAAUGUCCACGCUAUCACUGCUAUUGUGUCGAUGAAUGAGGACAAACCCAGGCAGCAAGUAGUAUGCAGAGAACAGAAGAGAAUUUUUUUUGCUAUUUAUCCAACAGCAUCCCUCUUGAACCAUGCUUGUGAUCCUGAUGUCAUAGUUAGUUUUUUUGAUGGUCAUCUUGUGGUGAGGGCCACCCAUAACAUCUCUAAAGGCUUUUUUUUUUCCCAUUGUUAUGGUGAUCAUGUUAGUCGCAUGGGUUAUGAAGAUCGUCAAAAGCUUCUGUACAAACAGUACUUCUUCACUUGCCAGUGUACUGCGUGCAAGAGUGAUGAAGAAAGGGAGAACAAAAGAUUGUGCUUCUCGGCCUUUGCCUGUCCUCAAUGUAAACAUGCCAUGAAGCUUUCGUCUGUGGGAAGUGGGAACAUGGGAACGUGUCAGAACCGAGAGUGUAACUUGGAGAAGAAUAUGCUUGAUGAAUGCAGACUGGCACGGGAGGCAGAACUGCUCUUUGUGAAGGGAGUGCGGUUGUUAGAAAGAGUUGGAGUGAAAGAGGCUCUGAAUGUAUUUCAUGAAUGCUUGAGACGGCGUAAAAUUCUGCUUCACGCUUAUAAUAAGGACUUGGCAGAGACGCACGAUGCUAUUGCAAGGUGUUAUGCCAUGAUUGGAGACUUCAAAAAGGCAUGCUAUUACUGUUCCCACAGCUGCGAAGCAGUGGUUUUUUUGUUUGGUUCAUCAAGCGUGGAGUACGCUCACGAACUUCACAAGCUUUUUUUUUUCUUAUUCAAUGACAGGCAGAUCAAGAAAGCACUUUCCACAAUCGAUUUUUUUACUAAUCUAUUAACUCGCCAUUAUGGUCGGAGUAAUCCAGAUGUGAAGGAACUUAGCGAGAUGAAACGUUGUCUUGUGUCCGUUGGCGGUCACACACUGAACAACAGUUCGUGACUUGAUGGUCACGCAAUGAUUCAACGUGACAGUCAAACAAUAGUCCCCUUAAGUUGACUAAAAAUUUGGUAGAGUUUUGGGAAAUGUCGGAGUUUUUCGUCAUCCUUUUUCUUAUCCUUCGUAGAUGAUUGUGUGAUUUCUGAUUUUUUUUCUCAUAUGACGUAUAUAUAGUUAUGUGGCGAGUCACACAAUCCGUUUAGACACCAGUUUUCAGUUAGAAGAAAAGUAAAAAAAAUAUUGAAUUAAAAAU